AUGAGCAAUGGUGAGGGACAUGAUGAUAAGGGAAGAGGGGAAAGGAAAAAUAAAAGAAGUCCUUACUGUCGUGAUACUUGUGUCCAAGAAAUUUUGCCUGAGGAACUCACCAAUGUGCUGGAGGUCUGCAACAUCGUCUUCACCAGCAUGUUCACGCUGGAGAUGAUCCUCAAGCUCACAGCGUUCGGCUUCUUUGAGUACCUGAGGAACCCAUACAACAUCUUUGAUGGCAUCAUCGUCAUCAUCAGUGUGUGUGAGAUCAUUGGUCAGUCUGACGGCGGUCUCUCCGUGUUGAGGACGUUCAGGUUGUUGAGGGUGAUAAAGCUGGUGCGCUUCAUGCCGGCUCUGCGCAGGCAGCUCGUCGUUCUCAUGAAGACCAUGGACAAUGUGGCCACCUUCUGCAUGCUCCUCAUGCUCUUCAUCUUCAUCUUCAGUAUUUUGGGAAUGCACAUAUUCGGCUGUAAGUUCAGUCUGAAGACUGAAGCUGGAGAUACGGUUCCUGAUCGGAAGAACUUCGACUCCCUGCUGUGGGCCAUCGUCACGGUGUUUCAGAUCCUGACUCAGGAGGACUGGAACAUGGUUCUGUAUAAUGGCAUGGCCUCCACGUCUCCUCUCGCUGCUCUGUACUUCGUGGCGUUGAUGACGUUCGGGAACUACGUCCUGUUCAACCUGCUGGUUGCCAUCCUGGUGGAGGGGUUUCAGGCCGAGGGUGAUGCUAACAGGUCAUACUCGGACGAUGACCGAUCCUCCUGCAACUUUGAUGAAAAGGAAAAAGAGAGAGAUUCUCUCCAGUUGUCAGAUCCUAAAAUCUGCACUCUGACCCCUAACGGACAUCUGGACCUGGCACCGAUGCCCAACGCUCUCGGUGUUUACCCCACUGAGCGGCUAGGCUUCGCUCUGGGCUCCAGAAAGAGCAGCGUCAGUUCCCUCGGGAGAACCGGUCUGGAGCAGAGAACUCUGUGUCCAGGUGGAGGUUCUCUGUACAGUUGGACUCGUGCGGCUCCUCAGGGCCCAUGGAGCCGCAGGUCGAGCUGGAACAGUAUGGGGCGGCCGAGCCGGAGCGUGGGGGUGGGCGCAGGGGGCAGUCUGAGGGUGCGAGGCCCUCACUCACACCAGUCUGAGCAUGAAUCCCUCCUCUCUCCUCCUCCUCCUCUACACCCUCAUCCUCCUCUUCCUCCACCGCUCUUCUCCAGACAUUUUGUCCCCUGUCGGGAUCGCCGCGCUCUCUCUCUGGAGCUCCCUGAACUUCUACAGGUCCCCGGAGCUCCGCCCACCUCUCUGCACUCACGCCAGCGCAAAAAAAGCUUCUCGGGAGGACCAGCCGGUGUAGCGGAACAUCAGGACUGCAACGGCAAGACGCCGGCGGUUCAGCAGCAGAUCCUCAGUGAAGUUUAUCCACAAGUCAACACUCGCAAAGACCGAGACGAUCUGGAGGACGAGAUCGACUACAGUUUGUGCUUCAGGAUCCAGAAGAUGAUUGAAGUUUAUCGUCCUGAUUGGUGCGAGACGAGGGAGGACUGGAGCAUUUUCCUCUUCUCCCCUCAGAACAGGUUCAGGUUGAUGUGCCAGUCCAUCAUCGCCCAUAAGCUGUUUGACUACGUGGUGUUGGCCUUCAUCUUCUCCAACUGCAUCACUGUGGCUCUGGAGAGACCCAAAAUCCUCCAGGGCAGUUUGGAGAGGCUUUUCCUCACCAUCUCUAAUUACAUCUUCACUGCUAUCUUCGUGGGUGAAAUGACUCUAAAGGUGGUGUCGAUGGGCUUAUACCUGGGUGAUCAGGCGUACCUGCGCAGCAGUUGGAAUAUCCUCGAUGGUUUUUUGGUGUUUGUCUCAUUGAUUGACAUCGUUGUGUCGAUGGCGGGCGGAGCUAAGAUCCUGGGGGUCCUCAGGGUUCUCAGGCUCCUGCGCACACUCCGCCCCCUCAGGGUUAUCAGUCGCGCUCCGGGCCUCAAGCUCGUCGUAGAGACUCUGAUUACGUCUCUGAAGCCCAUCGGGAACAUCGUUCUCAUCUGCUGUGCUUUCUUCAUCAUCUUUGGGAUCCUUGGAGUCCAGCUUUUUAAAGGAAAGUUCUUCUACUGCCUGGGUCUCGACGUCAGGAACAUCACCAACAAGUCUGACUGCCUGCUCGCCAAUUACAAGUGGGUUCAUCACAAGUACAACUUUGACAAUCUGGGCCAGGCUCUCAUGUCCCUGUUUGUCCUCGCUUCCAAGGACGGCUGGGUCAACAUCAUGUAUCACGGUCUCGACUCGGUGGCCGUGGACCAGCAGCCCAUCAUCAACAACAACCCGUGGAUGCUGCUGUACUUCAUCUCCUUCCUCCUCAUCGUCAGUUUCUUCGUGCUCAACAUGUUCGUGGGUGUGGUGGUGGAGAACUUCCACAAGUGCCGACAGCACCAGGAGGUCGAGGAGGCCAAGAGGAGGGAGGAGAAGCGACUCCGGCGCAUGGAGAAGAAGAGACGGAAAGCCCACAAGUUGCCGUAUUACGCCAGUUACAGUCACGUCCGCCUGAUGAUCCACAACCUGUGCACCAAUCACUACCUGGACCUCUUCAUCACCUUCAUCAUCUGCGUGAACGUGGUGACCAUGUCUCUGGAGCACUACAGCCAGCCUCAUUCUCUGGAGAUCACUCUCAAGUACUGUAAUUAUUUCUUCACCAGCACCUUUGUCCUCGAGGCCGUGCUGAAACUCAUCGCAUUUGGCUUCCGACGCUUCUUCAAAGACAGGUGGAAUCAGUUGGAUCUGGCUAUAGUUCUGCUCUCGGUGAUGGGCAUCACACUGGAGGAGAUUGAGAUCAGUGCCGCGUUACCCAUCAACCCCACCAUCAUCCGCAUCAUGAGAGUUCUGCGCAUCGCCCGUGUGCUGAAGCUGUUAAAGAUGGCGACGGGGAUGAGAGCUCUGCUGGACACAGUGGUACAGGCUCUACCUCAGGUGGGAAACCUCGGCCUGCUCUUCAUGCUGCUCUUCUUCAUCUACGCUGCAUUAGGAGUGGAACUGUUUGGAGAACUCGUGUGUAAUGAGGAUUAUCCAUGUGAGGGGAUGAGUCGACACGCCACCUUUGAGAACUUCGGCAUGGCGUUCCUCACACUCUUCCAGGUGUCCACAGGUGAUAACUGGAACGGCAUCAUGAAGGACACGCUGCGUGAAUGCCCCCCAGGUGAAUAUAACUGUAACCCGAGCCUGCAGUUCAUCUCUCCACUCUACUUUGUGAGCUUCGUGUUGACAGCGCAGUUCGUCCUCAUCAACGUGGUGGUGGCCGUGUUAAUGAAGCACCUUGAUGACUCUAACAAGGAGGCACAGGAGGAGGCCGAGAUGGAUGCCGAGAUUGAACUGGAGCUAGCACAUGGUGCCCUAUGCUGCAUGGGAAAUCUGGCUGGAGCAGCAGGAGGAGCUGGAGGUGGCGCAGGGAAGAGAGGAGGAGGAGAAGGAGAGAAGCAGGGCUGUGGAGGAAAUGGAGGAAGUUCUGGAACUGCUCCACAUUCACCAGGAGAACAUAAAACCAACAGCUCCAAUAAACUGUACUCACCUGCACAGGAGAACAUAUGGCUGGACAGCGUGUCUUUGCUCAUUAAAGACACGUUUGAUGGAGAGAUGUUAUUGAUUGACAAGCUCUCAGGCUCCGUCUUCCAUCACUACUCGUCUCCAUCAUCAUGUAAAGACUGCAAGAGUCACCCGGAGGAGAUCCACAUGGCUGAGCUGGAGCAAGUAUCUCUAAGGUCAGAGCGACUCUCGGACAGAUCUUCCUCACCGCUGCAUCCUGAUGACCUCGUCCUGGAUGAGCAGAACAUCUAUCAGAUGGAGAAGAGCUCAGAGGAGGCAACAGGUGGGGAAGAAGGAGCGAGAGACGAGGACAGAGGUCACACGUGGCUCAGAGAGUCAAACACACCGAACCGCCACAGCAUCGGUGGGACUCUGUGUAGUCGCAGCAGUAGAAAUGAUGGCGGUAUUGGAGGGAAUUCCUCUGCUGUCUUCCAUCUUCCUGCUGAGUUUUUCCAUCCAGCAGCAGCAGGGCUACCAGCACCCCCAAGGGCUCGCCUGGGUCACAAGCCUCGAGGCCUGAGGCUGACCUCUCCAGCAUCCUGGGCUUCCCUUCGCUCGCCUGGGGCCAACAUUGAACUUCUCACUGCACAGUACGCAUCUCACAGUGACUCAUCCCUGGCCACAGGCAGUUCGGAGGGAAGUCUGCAAACCACCAUGGAGGAAGGACUUAGCUUCAGUGUCUCAUCUUCCCAGGAACCCAACAAAGAACUUUCCACAGAGACAUUGAGGCCAGCCUUUGACCUCCAUGCUAAUAGAGGGGUCCAGAGCAGCUGCCAGGGUUCCACAGACCCCUUACAUGGCUCCAACAAGGCCAGCAACAGCGAACAGUCCUCAGAAACACUGAGCAGCCUUUCUUUAACAUCACUGCUCUCGCCAAGCUCUCUGGUGCCCCCGCUGGUCAAAAAGAGCAACAGCACUGGAAGUUUGGCCCAGGUUAAAGAGGGAAAGGAAGGAUCAGAGGGUGUGCAACUGGUUCACCUUCGGGUUACUGGAAAGGAACAGAGGGACGCAUCGGAAUAUCAAGGGGAAGGUACGAGUCAAGUAAGAGUUGCAGGCUUGAGGAAAAACAGAUGAAACUCUCUUUUUUGGCAUUCCACAUUCAGCAGUCUGUGACUUUUCCUCUCCGUGUUUUCGUUGCAUUUUUCUGCGCGGAGAUGUUCAAAGUUGGACAUGUGAUGUUCCAUAUUAUGAACAAAAAAAGAACAAAUCCUGAUCUAGCACUGUCUCUCUUUUCAUCCAUGGUCUGGUCCUGUUUUCUAUUUUGUUCACGAGAGAGGGUUGUGGAUGACCUGGAUCCACGCCAAAAUGCACGUCUGACCCUCCAGAGCAAAAGAAGCAGUGGACAAUACUCUACUAAACAACCACCAAAUCCUAAAUCCUGAUGGUUGAAGGAGUUGACAUCAGGAUGUUCAAAUGCAAGAGCAGUAGGAUGUAGCGGUUUUGUUUAUGUUUUGGUAAAAUAUUCAUUGAUAAAAAUAGGUAGCAACCUUCAAAGGCUACAGAGGCUUUCUGAGGAACUUUUGCAUCUUGUCGAAAGGGCAUGCACCUGGGAAGAAAGUUUGAGAGGGCUGAAAAAUCCAAGCUAUAUUUAGCAGCAUUGUGCACACAAAGUAAAUGCUUGCAUGCGUCUGCGUGUGCGCAUAUGUGUGUCUGUGUGUGUGUGUGUAUGCAUAUGUACGAUUGAACCUCACUGCAUUCUCGAAAAUUUUGCAGAAAGCAAAAAGGGGCCAAGAUGAGAGACUUGUCUCAAGGACGAUAAAACAGAAAAAUAUGUAAUCGCUGUAGGGAAAAGGAGAAAAAAAAUUAGAAAAAAUAUUUUGCAUGACCGCAUCUCUUUACAGACAACUUGAAAUUUUAACACACACAGAUCCGUAUGACGAUGUCAAUGCCAGACGAGAGCAGUGUGAUUUUUACCAAGAUAUUUUUUUAUAAACAGGUCAGCGGUCAUGGAAACGAGGGAAGUACAUGUCUUAUUGUUGCCUUGUCCUCAUCCCAGCCCUACUGUUUCUCUGUCUGACUUUAAAUAGUUUCCUGCAAGUGACUUCCAAUUUUAUAACUUUGGUAAUGGGAGAGAAUUUUGUAUGCAGGAAGAAAUAGACCAAGCAAAAAAGAAGAAGAAGAGUUGCUUUGGAAUGUGUGUCAACAAGACAAGAAAGACUGUGCAUCUCUUUCAUCACACAACCAGAACCAUCAUGAGGCAGCUGUGCCUGAAUUAACUGCAAGAAGUUUUGAAGAUACUGAAAGAGCUUUGAGUGUCAUAUGACCUAACUAGGUUUAUUAGAUUUGCAACAGAUCCAAUUAUUUGCGCAUUACUCUUCCCUGGCAUGGAUGGUUACUGGACAGCAGUAGGACAUUUUCUUCAUGCUAUUAUUCCUUGAAUUUUGCUAAUCGCACUCAUUCGCUCUAUCGUUAGCUAGCUUAGAUCAACCAGCCAUUCGGCUCAUGUACAAAAACAGAACAUCUUUUAAACCUAAAUAUGGCACUCAAAAUACUCAAGAGGAAAUAUUGUUUUUGUGUAGUCCUACCGUAGCGCUUAGUGUCCCUGAUGUGUUUCUUUCUGUUUAUAGAA